AUGUCAUGUUGUGUAGACUGCUUGAAGUGUUGGUUUUGCUGCUGGAGUUUACUGUGUCGAUCAGCUUGCCUUUGUAGUCCUCAUGGCCCUCUCAAGAUUGUGGAUAUGGAUAUGAAUGAUUCGUUCGGUGCACAUUUCGAUCAGUUAAUCGCCAGAGUACGAUCGGAAUUACUCCAUCACUACGAGAGGGACGUCAAAGAUGGCGUCAAGGCCGGCACCCAGAGCUUGAUCCCGGUUCGGGACGAGGUGCCGCCACCCAUCAGUGCGAAACCUCAAUUUCUACGGCUGUCUCCCAAGAAGCCAUGGAGUUCCUCUGAGUGGAAGCCUGCGUCUCCCCCUCAGAGCAAGCUUCGACAGAGCUCCAUGUUGUCAGAAGACUCCGACUCCAGUGAGGAGCCACGGCGCAAGAUCGGAGUGGUUCAUCACCGCUUGACUUCCAAGUCAGCCAUGUCAGAGAGCUCCCAGGCGACCUUACCAUCCGUGGACUCGCCGAACAUGGAGCUUAAGACGCCAAAAGCCAGAUUUGCGCCGCUGGAAUCGCAAUUGCCUCCGCCACCUCCGGAGAAUGCGGUGGAGACCCCAGUUGUGUCUCCGCAGAUGCUCCUGACUGCGAGUGGCAAUAUCUGUCAGAUGCAGCUGCCGAACAAGCCCGAGGAGGCGCAUGACCAGCCAAGCGAAAGAAGUGCUGAUGAGGACGAAAAUGGUGGGCAAUGCGAGCCAGUGGCAAAGCAACCGUCCACACCUUCCAGCAGCUCCAGCUCGAGUUCUGCUAGCUUCGCAAGCACAACGGAGAAUGACGCUUCUGGCACUGAAGGAGGUAAGAAAGUGCUGAGGCGCGCGAGUGAAAGCUCGAUUCCCUCCUUUUUCGAAAGGGAAGCCGCCUCCAGUCUGUUGUGGCAGUUUUUGGAGGAUCCUGACUCGAGCGCAGCAGCAUUUUAUUUUGCGACGGCUUGGAACUACUUCGUCACAAUCUCCAUUGUGGUGACUAUUCUGCAGGGUGGUCAGAGCCCUAUGCUCCCUCCCCCUACCGAAGGGCUCAUCCAGAUCUGCGUGGAGGUGGCCCUUGCGCUCGAGUUUCUCGCGCACAUAUAUGCCAGUACAAGUUGCAAAGCAUUUAUUCACAACCCGUACAACGUCAUCGACUUUUGCGCGCUGCUGCCCUUGAUAGUCCGAUGCAUAUCCGGCACUGAAACGCCCACCCUGGCCGAGAAUGCAGUGGUGCACUAUGUACUCACGUGUUUCGUCCCUUUGAUUCGCCUGCUGAAGUUGGUCCGACGCUUCAAGAAGCUACAGCUGCUUCUGCAUGUUCUGUCAUCAGUUGUUGAUGCCUUGAAGCUCUUGCUUUUCAUGGUCAGCAUCAUUGUCCUGGUGUUCGCGACCGCCUUGUACAUGACGGAUGACCCGAGCAACAUUGAUUCGUUACCAUUGGCCAUAUGGAUGUGCACUGUCACAGUCACCACGGUGGGCUAUGGUGAUGUGACUCCAUCGACAUGGCCAGCAAGAGGUAUUGCAGGCAUGCUGUGUUUCAUUAGCGUGCUGUUCAUGGCGAUGCCAAUUUCCGUUGUCGGCAAUGCAAUGUCGCAGACGUGGGCAGAUCGAAAUAGAAUUCUCCUCGUUACACGGGCUCGGCAACGGUUAAAGAAUUGGGGUGUUUCUGCCAGUGACAUGCCGAGGCUUUUCCGAAAAUUUGACCAAGAUGGUAAUGGAGAACUUGGUAUGGAUGAAUUUUGCGAUUUGAUUGCGAGAAUGAAGGUUGGAAUGAAGCCUUCAGAGGCAUCGGACCUUUUCGUGGCCUUCGACACAGAUGGUUCCGGAGGAGCGCAGUCUGUUACCUUGCACGUCAAGAAGGCUGUGGCGGGCGACGCGGCAGCUUCUUUCGACUUGACACUCCCAACUUCGGCAACUGUCAACGAGCUAGCGGUCCAGCUGGCAGAAAGGGAGGGCUGCGAAAGCCAGCUCAUUACCAUCGUCAGCCGGGGCAAGCCAUUGAAGGCUGCCACGACACUCAGCGAUCUAGGUGGAGGCGGAGAGGAGAAGCUACCUGUGGUGUACAUAGUGCGCAAACCGGCGAGCUCGACAGGGGCUGCCCCUGCUGCCGCUGCAGCAAGCGCAACGACCGCAGCGGAGUCGACCAAAGCGGCACCGAGCACCGAAAGUGCGAAGCCAGGUCGGCGGGUGAUCCUGAUGCUACGUCAUGGCCAAUGCUGCCAUGAAGGCGAACGAGAUGAGCUGAAGGAGCUCACCCAACAUGGCCACAAGCAGGCUGAGGACACAGCGCGUUUCAUCAGCCAGUUGUUUGCUGCAGGAAAGUUGCCCUCUAAGCGAGCAUUGCUACACAGCACCAGCAGGCGAGCGCGUGAAACUGCAGCCAAGCUGCCCGUUCACGUCCAGGACCUGGAGGUGUGGAACGCCGACCUGCUGCGUGAGACUGAUCCAACCAACAAGCCUUUCCGCGCCGAAGAUGUGUUCAACCGCUUGUUUGUUACACCAGAGGCUAGUGAUUCUGACACUCUCGUUAUAGUUGCCCACAACAACAUCAUCCUGUAUAUGCUUAUGCGUGCGGCAGGUGUGCCAAUCGAACGAGCUGCUCAGGCUUGGACUCUUUUCCAUCUCCGCCAUGCUUCGAUUACUCGUGUGGAUGUCAGCUCCCUCGGUACGAAGAAGGUGGUCUCUAUUGGAGCGUCCGCACACAUUGCAGACACUGCAAUCACGUGGAAGAACGUCACAGGUGCUGACAUGUCUGCGUGGAAAGGAGGAGGCCCAGAGCGGCACAAGUUUGGCGGCCGCAUGCUGGUCUUAGUGAGACAAGCAGGCGGCCAAGGCUCCGGCGCCGGGAUAAGUCAACAGAUACAAUCUGUUGCAGAUCACGUUAAAAGCCUGAGCGGGUAUAUGAUGUCCGGAAAGGCAGUUGUUGCUUCUACAAGCAGCGCCCAAUCGACAGCUGCGGCACUGGCUGGCAAGUUCAAAGCCGUGCCACAACUCUUUCCGGAUAGCAUCCUGGAGCAUCCGGAGGCGGGCUUUCUGCAAUUUUUCCAGGCGCCCGAAGAAGGAUCCCGCGACACUGUCAUCAUUGUCGCCGAGGACACCCUGCUGCUUUACAUGCUGCUGCGAUCCCUCGGGAUGUCGGCUGAAGAGUCAAAGGCAGCGUUGCCUUUGUACAGCAUCGGUCACGGGUCAGUGACACUGGUAAAUCUCAGAAAUGACGGCACCACCAAAGUCGUGGGAGCCGCUCGGCAGAUUCUAGAGAGAAACUUUGUCCUUCCCUGCCAGGGCAAGUUCGCGGUCGUGUUCCGUUCUUUCGGUGGCAGCUGGGGGGUUGCUCCCCGACCCGAGAAUGCACGCAACGACGAGGCAGACCACGAACUGCACGGAGGCACGGUCAGGUGGAAACUGCGCGGGCCAAGCCCGGCAAAUAGUAAACAGAGGGCAGGAAGGAACCUUACAUUGUGUCAUUUGUGUUCGCAAAGGGACCCAAGAGCAGGUUUCAACAGGCGUGAAGAAUACAUAAAACAGAUUGCGAAACGGAAGGUGAGUUACUUCAGGUGCUUUGUCUGA